ACGGGGUAGUUUUAUUAAUUUAGGUCCCCAUUAGGAUUCAUACUGUUUCCCAAAUUGUUUCAGAGUAUCCAACCUUGAGAGCAGCUAGAGAGAAACAACAGGGAGGAGAGAUGUUUGGAAAGCGCUCGCUCUCGCUCCUCACACACGCUGGUGACGGAGAGGCAGACUGGGUGCUCGUGAGCCGCCCGUGAGAUUCAGCAGCAGUCAGCUUUAGUUUCAAAUGGAGGAUUCCUGUUUGCUUUCCAUUGGAUCGCAGCAUCUGACCCGAUGUGUGCCUCAUUCCAGCAGCCGUGACGGGGACGGGCACUAACGACGUUAAAGCGAAGAGGGACGCACGCAUCCACGGACUCAAGUGUGAGGAAGCUCUCAGUCCAGCAUCCACUUCGCGACGUGAUUGAGAUAUGGGUUGUAGGCUUCCAAAGCUGAGGAAGGCAGAAGAGAGGCGAAGCCCGGGCAAUAUCUACUCCACCCUUCGACGGCCUCAGGUUGAGACUAAAGUGGGCGUGGCAUACACCUACCACUUCCUAGAUUUCCUGUUGGGAAAAGAAGAGGUGCCGGUGUCAUCGGUGCUUUGUCUCUCCUCAGUCAGAGAGCUACCGGUUCAGGUCAGGGAACUCUACGCGCAGGGUUUUGUCCUGGUCGCUGUCCACCCGUUUGUCCAUUCUUGCGGCCCUCGUCAUGCACACAUCCAGCGCCAGCUGCACCGGGCCGUUCUGGUUCGAGAGACUCCAAGUUCAGAGAAAAGCCAGCUGAGGUGGGCAAGACAUCGUCUGGAGACAGAUGUGUGUGUGGCAGGUCACCAGGCUGCUGACCCAGACGCGAUCCAGAGCUACGUCAAGAGGAUCCAGGAUGUAGCAGAGCAAGGGGUGAUGUUUGUGGGCUUUCUCCAGCAGCCGGGCGGAGGACCCUGCUACCUGGGCAACUUGGAUGCUGAAGAGCUGUCCUCGUUACAUUCAAGCCCUUCACCCAUACAUCGGCUCCCCUUUAGCGCCAACACCAGUCCAACAGAUCCUCCAGAGCCACAUCACAAUGACACAGAGCCUGACCACCACCGCUUUGAACCUCAAGAGUUAGACCAUGGAGGUGUAGAACAUAACACAGGGGACCACAAGCCAAGAGAACCGGACUUCAGUCCUCUGAAACCCAAUAACAGUUUAGAGCUCAACCAAGACGAGAUCAAUGAGCAUAUCCAGACCUUACAGAUCAGCCUCAAAGAGUCAUUAGAAUCAACGAAACAAACUCAAGAUCCCGGCAAACCCAGUGUAGACACAGUUCAGUGGUGUCCAAAUCAAAACCCAGCAGAAGCACAAGGGAACCAGCGGUUUCCCAGCUCGACAGAAACGGAAGAUGUGAUCAGACAGCAGAAGGGCCAUCUACCAGAUCUUAAAGAAUCCACAGAGAAACAUUGUAACCUUUCCAACCAGAGAGAAAUACAAAGUUCAAGCAACGAGAGCUGGCCCAGCUCUCCUGAACUGGAUCGAACCCAUGACAGGAAGUCCAGCUCUAUCUGCAACGAUGGGCAAAGCAGAGUGACACACAACAACAACCAUAUCCGGCUCAAGAGUCCCGAGAAAGAGGAGAAUGCAACUUCACCACCAGCGCAAGGCAGGAUGCAGCUCUUUGCCUUGUACAACCACACAGGGGAGCUGAACACUUCUCUGAGGUUCUACUCACUCAGGGUGCCACUGCAAGUACAAAGGGAAGCAGGGCUAAUCACAGAAGUUGACACACACUGGCUCGACCACAUGACUCAGCAUUUUACCAGCGGCUCGCACCUCAUCGACGGGUUUUUUCAACUUGGAGAUGAUAACAACAACGGGGUUUCAUCUGUGGAUAGUGUGUUCAUCUUCCAGAGCUCCGCAGAGGACACCACAAACACCGCCUACGAUGCAAUUGUGGUUGAGCAGUGGACCGUUGUUGAUGGUGUCGUGGUGAAGACAGACUACAUCCCUUUGCUCCAGUCUCUGGCUCCGUAUGGAUGGAGGCUUAUGUGUGUGUUACCCACACCAAUUGUUAAGACCAACAGUGACGGGAGUUUGUCAACCAAGCAGAUCCUCUUCCUUCAGAGACCCGUUUUGCAGCGCAAGAGAAAAGACUUCAAGAUGCUGAACCUCAGGGGUCGCAGCAAAGUAAAGAAAUCCACUGGAGAAACGCAAGAGGAGAGAGAGAACAGGUCCCCUCUGAUGGAGACAGAGAUGGACAGGUUAAGAAGAAACACAGACGAGGAGGAAGAAGAGGCAGAGGGGUGGAAGAGCAGGUACAGAGGAAGGAACGAGGGAGCGAGUUAUCAGAGAGGUAGAGAGGACAGGGAAGAAGAUGGACGGCCUCAAAAGGGCUUCUCCUUCCUAUCGGGGAGCAGGGCUUCUCUCGAGGAGCAGGAAGAGGAAACCGACGUUGACAAGAACUCACCGUCUGAGCAGGAGAAGUCGACGAGAUGGACCAAUGUGUGUCAGAGAGAUGACGGAGGGGUGAAGGAGGAGGUGAAAACGGAAGAGCGGAUCAAACAGCAGCUGUUUUCUGGCGUCUGUUGACACAUUGGGCACAAAGCAGGCGAGGGGGAGCUGAGGCCUGUUUAGUUUAUCAAAAACAAUGCCUUUCACAUAACAAUUGAUUGAUCUGGAUUUUCCGUUCGCCUGACAACCCAGAUGUAGUCAGUCAUGCUAUUACUAGUCAUCAUGUACUGCUACUUCGCUUCAACCGGCUCAGUUUAGGGAGUUAACACUGUCUUUGAGGUUGUAGCUCUCAUGCUGUAUAUGGGACAGUGUUGUGCAGUUCUCUGCUUUGGGUCAGUGUUGCUAUUUGAUGUAUUGCUAUGAGAAAUGAAACUGUACAAGGCUAAUAGAGCACAACCUAGAGCAAAUCUCCAGUCCAAGCCUUAAGUAUUAAUUUCUUUUUGCCCAUUGUUGUAUUUUACUACUUUCUUGUAAUAGGACUGACUGUUAAAAAGAGGCAUACUGAUUUCACUGGGCUCACUGUAUUUUUAUAUGUAAAGUAUAUAAUUUAAAAUAGAGGCAAACAGGGAAAAAGUUGACACUAAGUUUGAUAUGCAAUGCAUUAGGAGCCUGACCAAUACAACUGCAUUGGCCAGAUUUAAAUUUCCAUAGAUACGUAUAAGCUUAAAUAAUUAACUAAGAAAGUGCAACAAAGAUUUUUUUGAGGUAACGUAGAAAUGUCUUCAUAACAUACUGUAGUUUCUUCACUGGUUGUGGCUGGGCUGAGUUUAUUUUUAAAUUCUAAAAUGUUUCACUCAAUACCAUACCUUAGUCCCAACUUAACCAAAUUUAAUGGAUCCUUAGCAAAAAUGUUUUUAAAUAACAUCAAACAUAAUCGGCCAAUUACAGUAAUGAGAUUUUAAAAAUUCGGUUUGUAUUGGCCAGGCUCUACACUGCAUUGAGAUAUUAGAUGGUACAAUGGGCCCAAACCAUAAAGGGGCAGUUCAUGUUAACUAGAAAGAAAGUAUUCUGUCACAUAGCUCUAGUCUAAUUGAGAUAGUUUUGGUUUCCUUUGGCCAGAUUUUGAGAUGAGAUCCCUGACAUUUCUUUACCUCAAUACAAUGGAGGUGAAAGGAAUUGUGUUUGUGGUGCUCAUUACAUACAUAACAUAAAAAAAAUAAAAAAAACAGAACAUCUCUUUUCAGAUGCCAUGUCCCAGAUACUCCACUAGAUAAUCCACUAAACACACGGUCAACAGUUUUCAUUCAGAAUAGCAGCGACGUCGCUGUGAAACUUUUUUUUAAUGCAAUUUGUCAGUGCUAGGAGCAUCACAAAUGAUGUCCAUUCACAUCGAUUAUAAUGGGGUUGGGGUAGAAGUUUGAGACGGACAUCUUAAACCAAAACUAUUUGCUUGGAUGGUACAAGAGCGUGGGAAAAUGCCUUUUGUAAUUCGAGAAAAGUGACCUUCUAAAAGUUUCUUCUUUGAAAAAUCUGUAAAAAUGACCUUUUUGAGUCUCUCACCAUCUUCCGGUCCUGCCUCAAGACCCAUCGCGUUACCUCUGCCUAUCCGUAGCCCCCUCCCUUUUCAUCUGUGCCUGAAUUUUAUUUUGUGUUGUUUUGCCUUGUUUUUGUUUUCCAUCUUGCCCUGGAAAGCGACUUUAGGUCCUUGAAAAGCGCUAUACAAGUUCAAUUCAAUAUUAUUUCCUGGACCACCUGUGUUGUGUCGAAGUAGUGUGACAAGUCUUUGUAUAAAAGCCGAGGUCAAUAAAGUGUUUAAAAACAAA